GCCAGCCGAGCCCCCCGGAGCUGCGCAGAGCGAGCCAGCCGAGCCUUUUGGCGCCCCCUCCUCUUAAAAGCCCACCCCGCCUUGCGAGAGAAGCCCACCGCCCACCCCGGCGGCCAGGAACGUCAGCGGCGCCUGCUGCUCCCCGCUCUCUUCCAGCGGAGGUAUUCACACCUACGACGCUAUCCAACCGGAUUCUUCAACCAUCCUGAGCUGUCACAGCCUCUACGAAGGCCAAUGUUUAAUGUCGUGGGUGAGAGGGUUUUGGCUCCUGUGCUGAGAUGAUCCCUCUGUGCUCCUCCCGCCUGCACCACCAUGGAUGCUUCCUCUAACUCCUCCUCCUCUUCCUCCUCCUCCCACUCUUCCGCUGCUGUCCCCCCGGCAGACGGACAGGAUGACCGGGCCGUGGUUCGGCCUGCUCAGGGCUCUCCUGCCUUGCCGCCCACCAAAGAACCCCCCCUCUGGGACCCCUCCCCUUCCCCCUCGCCCCGUCCCGAUGAUAUCAUGAGACCCUGCGCCAGUGCCCAAGCCGCCGCACUCAGCUUGGCCAAGUUCCCUGCCACCGUCCCAUCUACCCCACAGCUCCAAACGGACCCCAGCCAGUCCUUGCCAAAUCCUUCCCCUUUCCCUCUAGGCCUGCCGCUGGCUGAAGAUGGGGUCCAGCUGGAAGACCACAGAGAUGAGGACGGUGGGCGCGAGGCCCAGCUUUUUUUUGCCGCUGACGGUUCGGCGUACCUCCUCGCCAGCGGCCACGUUCUCUUACCAAAGGGCUCCCCCGUCAGCUCCACUCCUCAAGUGUCCAUUCUCCACAUUCAGGACAGUGGAGGUCCUAACCAAGGCUUUAUGUCUGUUGACCAAAUGUCCCAGAAUACCUCAGCGCCAGGCGAGGUGACUCCUCAAGGCGCCUUCUACAGUUACCGACUGGCCGGGGCCCCAGCUCAAAAUACGCCUGCCAAAAACGCUACCACCAAAUCCAAAGAUGCCCCCACCGCCCCCAUGGAGAAUGAGGAGGCCACUCGUGGCCGAGACAAGGUGAUGCCAGGAGGCCCCGUGUGGCUCUGCCUGACAUGCCGCCUCUCGUUCAACCAGGGCCGCACCUUGGUGUCUCAUGCCCGUACAGAACACGGUGUGCAGCUCUGCAAUGAGAAAUGCCAGGCCUUGGAUGGAGGGGCUUCGGCUGUGUUCCAGGGCACCGACCUUGGCUUCCUAGAACCAAAUAACCCCACCACCGAGGCAGACCUCAAUGCCAGAAUGUGUAGCAGAUGGGUGAAUGUAAAAGAGGAGGAGGAGGAGGAGGAAGAAGAAGAAGAAGAGGAGGAAAAUGAGAACAAGACAAGAAGCCCAGAAAGACGAUGCGAGCCAUCAGAUACCAAAGAUUCAAGGGUCGGCGGCACGCACUGGGCAAAUGGUUCCAUGGAGGAGAAACCAGAAAGGGAGGAGGAGGAGGAGGAGGUGGCACAAGUGGAUGAAAAGAAGGAAGAGAAGGAACUGCUUCCAGACCAAAGUUCACCAGAUACAUCAAGCGCACCCUUGGCUGCUAACGCCCCUCGCUCAGAGACACCACUGACCAACGCCCCAAAUUCUGACUAUACAGGGCCACCCCAGGAAGAUGUCAACAAGGACAAGACCAACCACAAGAUCCUGAAGGAAAGACUAAUGCACGAGGUCCCUUGCGUGGACCUAGCGGCUGACGCCAGGGCUGAGUCCAUUCCCAAAGCCGACAGCAUUCCCAAUGAUUCUCCCCAGACGUGUGUUGGGCCGUCCCAUGACAUCAGUGCCACUGACUUGGCGGACAGCUUGAGCAGUGUAGGGACAGCCAACGAAGCAAUGACGGCCGGGUUUGAGGUCAACAACGGGCUUGGGAACAACGGCCACAAUGUUGUCGGAGGAGCCUCACUUAGCUUCGGGGAAGAUUUUACAGCGAUGGCGUACUCGGGAUUGACUCUGUCAGGCCACAUGUCACUGCUGCACUCGCGCAACUCCUGCAAGACGCUCAAAUGUCCCAAAUGCAACUGGCAUUAUAAGUACCAGCAGACCCUGGACGUCCACAUGAAGGAGAAACAUCCAGAGAACAACAGCCACUGCGCCUAUUGUAGCACGGGUGGUCCCCAUCCACGCCUGGCCCGUGGUGAGAGCUACAACUGUGGUUACAAACCCUACCGUUGUGAGGCCUGCAAUUACUCCACCACUACUAAGGGCAACCUCAGCAUCCACAUGCAGUCUGACAAACACCUGGCCAACCUACAAGGCUAUCAGGCUACGGGAGGAAGCGGGCCACCAGUGCCUCCCCCUGUGGCACCUUCCCCAUCCUCCCCUGAGGAGAAGGAAUCCAAGGGCAAGUCGUCCUGGCAAUGCAAAGUGUGCAGUUACGAGACCAACAUCUCCCGUAACUUACGGAUCCACAUGACAUCUGAGAAGCACAUGCAGAACAUGCUGUUGCUCCAUCAAGGGUUGCCACUGACCUUGCCGGGGCUUCUGGGACAACCGCAGACCCCUUCAGGAGGCAAGGCUCAGCCUGACCUCUUCCCGUUCUAUGGGGCGCAGGCUCUAGGCCAUGCCCACCACUCACAUCCCCACCAGGUCCAUGCGGGGAGCAACCUGCCUCUGCGGGCAGACAAGCCCAUGGAACAACCUCAACUCUUGCUCAAUGGAGGCUUCCAACAUCUCAGCGCAGCGGGGCGGAAGAUGGCUACCUUGGGGACAGCCCCCGCCUCUCUCUCUCCUGAACCCGCUCCCCCUUCCUCACCACCAGCCCAGUCUGGACCUGACCUGCUGACCCCGCAGAGAUUGUUCAGCUGUCUGGUGUGCCAAGUCUUCAGCACUGACAGUCUGGAUAGCCUCCUGCGGCACGCUUCCAUCCCGCGUUCCCUGCCGGAGGUGGAAUGGAAGGAAAUCUCCGGUGACUUGCACCGUUGUCGGCUCUGCGCUUACGGCACCCAACUGAAAGCCAACUUCCAGCUUCACCUGAAGACCGACAAGCAUGCUUUGAAGUACCAGCUGGCCGCUCACCUGCGGGAAGGGGGUAGCUUGGUCGCCCACCUGGGGGUGGAGCUGCCCCUGGGACCGCCUCUACAUCUCCACUGCAACCUGUGUGAAUACGAGACCAACAGCAAGGAGAAAAUCCAGCUUCACGUUGCCGGCACCGGCCACCAGGAAGCUCUGCAAGGUUAUAAGUUGCUUCUGGAAAUGGAGACCACCUCGGCACCCCCGCCCACCUCUGAACCCGCGCAGUUCCGCUGCCUCCUGUGUAAUGUCGAUUCGCCCAGCCGCCUGGCCAUGAUCCAGCACCUCCGCUCACCCCACCACCGUGAGGCUCAUGGCCAGUGGCGCCUCCAGCUACUCCAGAAUGGCGAAGGCACUUUGGGCCUUGAAAGAUACGUCUGUUUUGUACCCGCCAACGCUGCAGGGGAAGAAUCUCUCCCGGAUAGCUUAACACCUGAAAAAGAAAAGCAGAAUAAAGUAUGGAUAUCUGUUUGCGAUGAGACCGAAGCGGCAGCAGCUGGAAGUGUGGGGGACACUACGGUCUUCUGCUGCCCCUACUGCAACUACGUCGACCAAUCGGCCGAAGCCGUGCGGGCACACACCAUCUCCCAACAUGCCGUGCAGCCCAAGUUUCACUGCCCGCUGUGCCAGGAGCAGCUGGUCGGCCGGGCCAACCUCCACUUCCAUCUCAGCCACGUCCACAACGUGGUGCCCGAAUGCGUGGAGAAGCUGCUGGUGGUGGCCACUACGGUUGAAAUGACCUUUGCCACCAAGGUUGUUUCUGGCGUCCCUCUCCCGCCUGACCCACCCAAACCAGGUGGGAUUCUCGGCGUAGAGCAAGCGGCCGGACCGGAUGCACCAAGCCCCUUUAUUGCACCAGCCAUAGAGGAGAAAGCCUCCUCACCACCGGUACUUUCCCCCGAAAUGCCUCCACCUUCUGUCACCGCCUCCCCACCUCCUAAGGAGCAGCUGGAAAAGCCACUUCCUGACUCUCCCCCCACUCCUCCUCCUCCUCCUCCCCUCCCUCCGGCUGUCACUCCUCAAGAGCCGGAAGAGGACGAGCCUUUGCAUCCAAACGUUGCCCCCGAAGAGCAGCAGCCACCAGCAUCUGUCCUCGUGGAACCCCCCGAGGCCUCUCCACCCGUCCUGCUUAAUCCGGAUUCCCGGCACCCACUGUCCUACCGCAAGGCCACUAAUUUCGCCUUGGACAAAUUCUUGGAUCCUGCCCGUCCCUAUAAGUGCACCGUUUGCAAAGAGUCCUUCACCCAGAAGAACAUCCUGCUGGUGCAUUAUAAUUCGGUUUCCCACCUCCACAAGAUGAAAAAGGCCUCGGCUGACCCGUCCGUGUCCUCUCGGGGGGAACCCGGCACCUCCGGGGCUCUCCAGCCCUCUUCGGACAAACCUUACAAGUGUACCACUUGCCGGGUCUCUUACAACCAGAGUUCCACCUUGGAGAUCCACAUGCGCUCCGUGUUGCACCAGACUCGCUCCCGCGUGGCCAAGAUGGAAGCUGCGGGCAAGGCAGACGUGUCCCCCACUGAACUGGAGCCCUCCAACGAGACCUGUCUGGAAAGCGAGACCCCCAGCUGUGUUCAGGUGCCCACCCUCCCAUUUCUCACUCCGCCCACGGCAGAACUAUCCCGCUUCCCUACACCCCUUUUCACCCCACCACUGCUGCCCCCCUUUCCUCUGGUGCCGGAGUCCCUUCUGAAACUUCAACAACAACAGCAACAGCUACUGCUCCCUUUUUACUUACAUGAUCUGAAGGUGGCCCCCAAGUUGGCUUUAGCCACACCAACCCUGACCCUUCCCACCCCAUCGCCUAUUCUGCUUCCAACUCUGCCCCCCAAAGAAGAAGUGGCCCCCACAGCCACCGCGAGUAGCUCCAAGGCAGAGGCAGCCGAAGAGACCGAAGGCGAAGAAGUAGAGGGAAGUCAAGCAGGGAGUGAGGUUUCUCGCACAGCGGCCAAAGCCCUCCUGGAGAAUUUCGGCUUUGAAUUAGUGAUCCAGUACAACGAGGGUAAACAAGCUGCCACCGUGCCACCUACUGUGCCCCUGCGCCCCCCCGUGGGCAAGCUGCAAUGCGGCACUUGUGGGAAACAGUUCUCCAACAUGCUCAUCCUGAAAACCCACGAGGAGCAUGUGCACAGGCGGUUCCUGCCCUUUGAGGCGCUCAAUCGCUACGCUGCACAGUUCCGGAAAAGUUACGACAGUAUGUAUCCUCCGCCGCCGCCUGCGCUCCCAAUUGAGACAACUGUGGUCACCACUACUCCGGCGGCAGCAGUUUCAACCGUCACCACCGCCGUCAUGGAGAACACCACCAUCACUGUGACGCAAUCAUCCAUGCCGCUGGAGAUUCCCUCUCUCUGUCCUCCAUUUUUGAUGCAACCCUUGCCAGUGGUCGUGCCCCCACCAGAAAAUGAGACUUCCUGUGUACCUCCCGAAUGUCUGAAGUCUCUCUGGUUUCGAGGGGAGGAAGAGGAAGGCAAGAGCGCAUCGUUGGGAGUCCCGGAUCUUCCCCGCGGGGGUUUCCCUUCAACCCGACGUUUCUCUCGUACCAAAUUCACCGAGUUCCAAUCUCAGGCUCUGCAGUCCUUCUUUGAAUCGAGCGCUUAUCCCAAAGAUGGCGAGGUGGAGCGUCUGUCUGCCCUUUUGGGGCUGCCCAACCGGGUCAUCGUGGUCUGGUUCCAAAACGCACGCCAGAAAGCCCGAAAGAGUGGCGGGAAUGAAGCGAGCAUGGGCAAUAGCGGAAAUGCCGCAGUGCAGCCAUCUUGUAAAAAAUGCCGGAUGGCCUUCCGCUGCAUCUUUGAGCUGGUGCGCCACCUAAAGAAGUGUUACAAUGAUCAACUGGAUGAAGUGGAAGGAGAUGAGGAAGAGAAUGAAGGGCCUGAGGAGGAGGAGCAGGAGGAGGAAGAGGAAGGGGACGAGAAACGAGAAAUCUUGAGACCUGGUGUGGAUGUGAAGACGGAUGGUGCUGGAGACAAACCCGUGGAAGAAGAGCAGCCCACCACCUCUGUACCCCCAGAUAUCUCCAAGAACCAUCCCUGUGAUCAGUGCACCGCUGUAUUCUCAAGCAGCGACCUCCUCAAUAUCCACCGCAUUAGUCAUCUGCCAGCAGCUGGUCCUCCUUUGGCUUCGGCAGGUCCCCAACCUCCCAUUGACAUGACUUCCUUAGCAUUUGGCGACCGCCUGGUCCAACCGGAUCCUUCCCGUGCACAGAAGCGAAAACACGAAGAUGGGACCUUGUCUCCCACUGGAAGUGAAACAGCCAGUGUUGCCGGGGCAGAUAACGAACCCCCCAGAGACAAGCGUCUGCGUACCACCAUUUUGCCCGAGCAACUGGAGAUUCUCUACCGCUGGUACAUGCAAGACUCAAACCCCACCCGGAAAAUGCUCGACUGCAUCUCCGAAGAAGUUGGGCUGAAAAAGAGAGUUGUCCAGGUGUGGUUCCAGAAUACAAGAGCCCGUGAGCGAAAGGGCCAGUUUCGGUGUAAUACCAGUGCUACCACCCCAACCAGUAAGCCCCCACCAGCACAACUUAACACUUUCCCAAAGUUCAACCCUCCACCACGGGACACCCCUGUUCAUUAUGGUGGAUCCUUCACACCCAACCUCUCUGUGAUUAACCUCCAACCUCUUCUAACUAAGCCAGAUGUUGUCAUGGAACCACAAAUCCAGGAAGAAAUGACCGAAGAAGAAUUAUCUAAGGAGCACGAAGACCGAAGCUUGUCUGGAGGAGAGCUGAGUGAUUCUUCCUCCUCUUCCUCCUCGGCUGACCUGGACUUCUCUGGCGGCCAGAGGAAUCGAAUGAUGGAUGGAGGUUGCGGAGAGUAUCAUGAUUCUCUGGGGCAGAGACGGUAUCGUACCCAGAUGUCCAGCGUCCAGCUGAAGAUCAUGAAGGCAUGUUAUGAGGUCUACCGUACUCCGACCAUGCAGGAGUGCGAGGUGCUGGGGGAGGAGAUAGGACUCCCCAAAAGAGUGAUUCAGGUGUGGUUUCAGAAUGCACGGGCGAAAGAGAAAAAGGCCAAGGCUGCCUCCGGCGGGACCAGUGGCGGUGAUGAGGCCCCCUCCGCUGCUCAGGCUCAAUCUGAAUGCCGCUACUGUGAAGUCAAGUACGAUUUCUACGUCUCUUGCCGUGGGCACCUCUUUUCUCGCGGCCACCUAGCUCGGCUAAAGGAGGCCAUCAGAUCCCAGCUCAAGAGCGAGAGCAAGUGCUACGAGCUGGUGUCGGACAAAGGAGCACCCUCCCCAACCAGGCUGGGAGUGCCGGUGACUCCUACAGCCAUGCCAUCUUCUCUUGGGACCAAGCCCCCUUUUGUGCCAGGCACGGCUGCUUCCUCCGCGGGGAUCCUGAGCUCCCCUUUGGCCACCUCCCAGCCAGGCCUCUCCUUACCUCAGCAUCUGCCACCAGAAUCUGGCCAGGUUGGCCCCUUAACUGAGCCUGCUCCUGCUCCCGAGACCUCUCCCAGUGACAGUCAGGCUGAACCGAAUUCAAAUCCAGCCCAGGAAUCCUCCUUGUCCUCCACUGCCACGCUGAAGAACCUCAAGACGUUGAAGGCUGCGGUGCCGACCCUGCUUGGAGGCCAGUUCCUGCCCUUCCCGUUGCCAGCAGCGGCUACUGCAGCAGCAGCCGCCCCCUCUCUUUUCGGAGCGCAACUGCCCGGGGCUUAUUUUCAGCAGCUCUACGGCAUGAAGAAGGGGCUGUUCCCCAUGAACCCCGUCAUACCUCAGACACUUAUGGGGCUGCUGCCCACCCCUUUGCUCCCAACACCCACACCUGAGCCCCCCGUUGAGGUGUCCGAGGCCCCCGGCAUCUCUACAGUCGACGUGACCCAUCAGUACCUUUGUCGCCAGUGCAAGGCCGCCUUCGAGAGCGAGGGGCCAGCCGUCGCCCAUCAAGCCGCACUCUGCUACUUCGGGCGCCAGGCACCGCCGCCUCCACUGCGCGUGCCCGUGUGCACCUACCACUGCCUGGCUUGCGAGGUGCUCGUGAGUGGCCGGGAGGCACUGGGAGCCCACCUGCGCUCCAGCGCUCACCGGCGUAAGGCCAGCUCCACCACAGCAACCGCAUCGGUGUUUGCCAAAGAGGAAUCCAAAUUACCUCACUCGGACUCCAAUCCAAAAAGUAACGCUACCUCUACGACACUACUAGCUUUAUAGAGAUGGAUGCUGUACUGCCAUCAAUGGAGAGAGAUUGACUAGCGAACAGACCUGUGGGUGGGUGGACGCCCACAAGGGCCACCCCUCUGCUUCCACCCAACAGUCCUCCUUCAAGGUCCAUUUCAGACCCAGGUUCCCCCCAUUUCUCACUGCCAGCCAGCUGACUUCAAAGGGCCCAAGUCCCCACCCCAGUUUUUAUCCUGCUUCCACAGAAUAACCAGAGGCCGAGCCAAACGGCAACCCGUCCAUUGGUGGAAGCCUUGGUGGUCCUUACCAAGUUUGAUCUUCUCUAAGAGGGUACCCAACUCAACACUGGCUGUUGCAGACGUUCUCCUAGCUUUUCUUCACACUGAGCGGUUCUGCCCUUCCUCCCAUUCAGGCAUCUCCCUAAGAACCCAUUGAUGGUUAAUGCCCUACCUUGCCCCGCCCCCCGCCCCCCGCCCCUCUCCCGGAUCACGAGAUCCUGUGGCCAGAUCCAACGAGAUUGGCAGCUCAUGACCUCUUCCAGAAUCCCUACCCAACUAUUUCUGUACUCCUGAGUCUUCCGCCUCCUGUACUACUGACAGGUCCCCUCUGCAUCUUCAACCACCUUCCUACCUGCCAGGAACAUCUCAAGAAGAUGCCUCCUAAAAUUUUAAUGUCUUUUGAUGAUGCUGAGAAGUUCCCCCCCCCCCACUCCUUUAUAAUAUCAAAACUAUGUCACCCCCUCUUCAUAUUGGGGUACCAAAGUUCUUCACCCACGUGUCCCAUAACUCCUGUUCCCCCAGCUGCAGGUGGCUCCAAACCUUCCUUCAACCCACCUGCGCUACCAUCUAUCUGACCUCUUCCACCCACCCCGUUGAAGACAGUUUCUGGCCAAUCUUGACGUCCAUCCUACACUCACAAGUCUCCUCUCUCUCUCUCUCUCACACACACACACACACACAUACUUACACACCUCGCAUCCUCCACCCCUUCUUCUCUUAACACUUAACCUUCCGCUCUUUUUACUGUGUUACCGACUGAAAAAAAAAAAAAGGCCAAAAAUGAAAAAGCAAAGAAAGAAUGGACAAGAAAAAAAAAAUAAAAAUAAAAGAUAAACUCGAGGACAUGCAGUUUAAGACAGGGGAAGUGAGAAAUUCAGUCUCCCCACGCCAACCACCACCAACCCUCAAAAAAAAGCAUGCGCUGCCCAUUUUUGUAUAUUAAAACCAUCAAGGACGGAUGGACAACUUCCUGAACUGUUGAUGGAUUUGAUCAGCAACCAAACAGGGUGAGAGUUUUCUCUUUCCCGUAAUUUUAUUUUAUUUUAUUUUCUCUCGUCUCUCUCCUCUUUCUUUUUCCCACCCCCCCAGCUGGGUCUUUUCCUGCCCUUGGGAACCAAAUAAAACCCAACAACCUCAACUGUCUUUUUCCUCUUGAUAGACGUGAGUUCUGUCUCAGCGCGGGGAAAUGACGCGAAAAACCUAACUCCGAUGGCUUUAAAAGAAAAUAAUUUAAAAUAAAAAAAAAAAAUGAGAGAGAGAGAAAGAACACUGAACAACUGACUGACUCUCGUCAAACACGCAGUUGCCGUCCCAGGUGCCGUGUGCUGACAAAAACCUUGCAAAAAAUGAAAAAAGAAAAAAAAUACACAAAAACCCUCUUUAGGAAUCCAAAGCUCUUAAAAAAAACUUCUAUACAAUAACCAAAAAAAAAAAAAAGA